AGCGAAUCGCCGGCCGCUCACAGCGCUCGUCUACAUCACGCAUAGAUUACAAAAACGCAGUCACCGAUGCUCCGCGCCCUCCGGCGGCCAGCGCUCCUGGCCGCGCGCGCAACGGUGCGCCGCACGACGCCAGCUCUGCGCUGCCUCUCCGCCGCCGACGGCAGCACCACGCAACCGAAGGAACGCCGCUUCGAGGCCGAGACCGCUUCUUUGUUGAAUAUCGUCUCGAACGCGUUAUACACGGAAAGAGAAGUCUUCCUGCGGGAACUGCUAUCGAACGCGAGCGACGCGCUCGAGAAGCUGCGGCAAAAGCGCGUGGCCAACGAGAGUGUAAGUGAAGGUGACGACGAAUUGAAGAUCUGUAUUUCUGUCGACAAAGAAAAGAAACAACUCGUGAUAGAGGACUCGGGCGUUGGGAUGAGAGAAUCAGAGCUAGCCGAGAAUUUGGGGACCAUCGCACUCAGCGGUUCCCGAAGGUUCGCCGCCGAAGCUGCUCAGAAGGAACAGGACGCGUCGGCGAUCAUCGGCAAGUUUGGGGUUGGCUUCUACUCCGCCUUCAUGGUGGCAUCCAAAGUUACCGUCGAGUCGAAGUCCUAUUCGGACGCGGUCAAUGCUGUGUGGUCGUCUGCCGACGGCGCCGAAUCCUAUUCACUGGGCGAGGGCGGCUCGAAGACGACGCGGGGCACGCGCGUCGUUCUCGACCUGAAGGAGGACGCGGAAGAAUACCUGCAACCGGCACGACUGCGCGAGGUCGUGCAAAAAUAUUCUUCAUUUGUAAGCUUCCCGAUCGAAAUCGACGGGGAACUCGCGAACACGACGGGCGCGGUCUGGGCCCAGGACCCGCGGGAAGUCGACGAGAAGACCUACGAAUCGUUUUAUAGGGCGACCUUCAAGGGCGCCUGGGAUGCGCCGACGUAUACCUUACAUUUCCGCGCGGACGCGCCCUUGGACAUCAAGUGCGUGUUGUUCAUGCCCUCAUUCCACACGGAGAAGGGCGGUUUGGGGAGGCUGGAGCCGUCGGUCGGGUUGUACUCUAAGAAAGUCUUGAUCGAGAACCCGUGCGCGGACAUCGCGCCGGAAUGGUGCCGCGGCAGUGUCCCUGCAACGUGACGCCAUCGCAGCGAUCGCGUCUCGCCGCCACGCCAUCGAAGCGCCAUGGCCGCGACGCUAUCGACGCGACGCCAUCGCCGGUCGCCGCUCCACCGUCACCGCGAGUCCGCACGCAGGUGCCGCUUCGUCAAGGGCGUCGUCGAUAGCGAGGACCUACCUUUAUCUAUUUCGCGGGAAAAGUCCCAGGACAAGCGGUUGCUCGCGAAGAUCCAGGACGUCGUCGUGAGGAAGCUGUUACGAUACUUACAAGACCAGGCCAAAAAGGAUAGGGAUAAGUACCUCAAAUGGUACCAGGAGUUCAACAUGUUUUUGAAGGAAGGGGCCUGCCACGACGCCUCGCGUCGCACGGAAGUGGCCAAGCUGCUGUAUUUCGACUCGUCGAAGGAGGGCGGGCUCACGUCGCUAGACGAAUAUGUUGGAAGAGAUGCGUCGGACGACGAGAAGAUCUACUACUUGCACGCGCCUACUCGCGAAUUAGCAUUAGCAUCACCUUAUUACGAGCAGUUCAAGAAAAAUAAGAGGGAGUGUUUGUUUGUGUAUAACGCGAUUGAUGAUUUUGUCAUGAGUAAUCUGCGGGAACAUAAUGGAAGACAGAUCGUGACGGCCGAGGCGGCGGACUUUGGGAGUACUGACGAGAAGGAGGAAGAAAAGGAGGACAAGGCUCCUUCUGCCGAUGCUCUGUCUACCGCCGAUAGCGAUAAACUGAAGGCGUGGUUGCUCGCGACGUUACCCGAGAGAUUGGAGAGCGUCGAGGCCACGGACAAACUUGUGAGCUCACCGGCGGUCGUCGUCGACGCGGAAAGCGGGGCGAUGCGGCGCAUGAUGGCCAUGGUCGCGCAGCAGGCGGACGGCGGGGCGUUGCCGCCCUUGCCGCCCCAGAAACUGCGCCUGAACGUGUCGCAUCCCGUGGUGGUUGCGUUGGCCCAAGCCUCGACAAAAGACGAGGCGCGGGCCACGGCGGCGGCGCACCAGCUCCUAGAUAAUGCAAUUGUGGCGGCGGGAUUGAUGGACGACCCGCGGACGAUGCUGCCGCGGCUCAAUAAAUUAUUGGAGCUGGCUCUGAAAGUCGAGUCUCAACCUGUGGAGACGGAGCCGCUGAGCCGCACGGAGGCGCUCGAGAAAGGAGAAGCACGCAAGGAGGCCGCGGAGGCCAUGGAUAAGUAAAUAUGUUAACA